AUGGCGACCUACACGGGCUACAACGACUCUUCGAUACCUCUCGGGCCCUAUCCGAGACAAGCUUCCUACCCACCUAAUGCAGGCCCGCCGCAGACGAGCUCAAUGUCGCUGAAUAGCGAGGAUAGCGACCGGACGCCCUUGGCAACCAAGGGGAAGGGCGGGGGCGUUGUGGUGGCCAUGGGAGUGCCCGACGGCACGCGCACACCAAGCCCUACGCCAAGUGAGGAGGCUGCGCUGGCGAAGACGUCCAUCUUCGACUGGAAAGCCAUUGCGAAUUGGAGGUUCUGGCUACGGCGGGAGUGGCUGUGGUACUACGUUGCGGGGGCGGUCGCGCUGGUGCUCAUUAUUUUGUUCACCGCGUUCCACACGAAGAUUGUCAACUGGCUGCAGCCUGCAGCGAACUGGAUGCAUAAACUUCCAGCAGGCUGGCUUAUCCCCAUCGCCAUUCUGUUCGUUAUUUCGUUCCCUCCGUUGUUUGGGCACGAGAUUAUUGCCAUUCUAGCUGGAUUGGUAUGGGGGCUGUGGGAAGGAUUCGGGAUCGUGGCGGCUGGCACGCUAAUCGGCGAAUUGGGCAAUUUUUACGCGUUCAGGUACUGCUGUUCAGCACGGGGACAGAAGCUUGAGCGGUCGGAGCUAUCGUAUGCCUGCUUAGCGAGGAUCGUACGCGAUGGCGGCUUCAAAAUCGCACUCAUUGCCCGGUUUAGCGCGAUCCCAGGACAUUUUACCACUGCGGUUUUCUCGACGUGCGGUAUGUCCGUCUGGACGUUUACUAUUGCAGCCAUCUUCUCGCUUCCGAAGCAGUUUAUCACCGUCUAUCUCGGUGUCGCCCUCGAGCAGUCUCAGAACGGGAGCAACAGUUCCAAGUCCAACAUUAUAAAGGAUGUUGUACUGAUCAUCACCAUCAUAAUUACCUUCGUUGCCAUGUGGUACAUAUAUCACCGCAUGAACCAGGUAAAGCCUUUGGUCAUUUACGACCGCCGCAAAGCCAGACAAACAAAGAUCCUGGCCGCUGCAUAUGAAACGCCUUACGAUCCCGCCUCUGAGCCCUUCAACCCCGAUCCCUCUACCACCUCUCUCAACCGCACUAACGACAUGCACCAGCAGUGGGAUAGCAGCGGCCGCGCGGUUGGCUAUGUCGGCGAUGCAUCAGUAUAUGCGCCUUCUCCCCGCCGUGCACAGCCACAGCAACAACAACAGCAGAACACUGCGGCGUCACCCCACUCUGCGUCUGCUGUCCCCUCGCCCUCGCGAAACCCAUACCGCAGUCCCGUCGCUACACCACCCAUCUCUACACGGCGCAUACCCCCACCGCCAGUCUCUGCGCCCGCGGCGAGCCUUUACUUCGAUAACGCCACUCGGCCUGGUGCGGCAGUCACGACAGACGUGGGUGACAUGCCGAACCCCUUCACAGACCUACAGCGCAUCGCGUCACCCCGCAGCUAUGCGCUCCCGAUGUCCGCGCCGCACAGUCCUCCUUCGGCAUAUGCGUCGGUGUAUGAACCCGCUCCAGCGUAUGCUCCCGCGGCGCGGACACUCACGCCAGCGCAGUUCGCUGCGCUCCGUGCACCGGAGGCGCCGCAAGGAGGGGUGCACACAGGUGUGGCCGAGUAUAGCGAUCCGUACGCGGCGUACGAGGGCGGAGGCGCGGGCGUGCGAUGA